AUGUCCUGCUCUCCUCCUCCCAGCCUUAUUAUUCAAAAAAAAAAAAAACGAUCCACAGACCCUUUUUCACUGUUGAUCUCGUCCCCGUCCAGCUGAGCUGAAGGCAAGCUGCCCUGCUGAAGCUGCUCGAAGGAAUCCCAUCUGCCAUGGCGGAUUCUGCGGAUAGGGAACUGAUGACUGCAACCUCACCAUUAGACGACAGAAAUCUCGACACCGAUGCCAUUGUUCUCGAAGAAUGGAAUGGUUCCUCUCCUAUGAAGCUUUCGAGAACCGCAGUCAUCACGGCUUCCCCUUCUCUCUCCAUUCAAAGAUGUGGGAAUCGUUUCAGCCAUGUCUGGAGUCGCGUUCUGCAAGCAUUCGUUCCUGAGGGUUUUCCUAGCAGUGUAACCCCUGAUUAUCUCCCUUUCCAAGUGUGGGAUUCAUUGCAGGGCCUUUCGACAUACAUUAGGACCAUGCUGUCUACACAGGCUCUGCUGAGUGCUAUUGGGGUCGGUGAGAAAUCGGCAACCGUUAUUGGUGCUACAUUUCAGUGGUUUCUAAGAGAUUUAACCGGCAUGGUUGGAGGAAUCCUCUUCACAUUCUACCAGGGUUCCAGUUUAGAUAGCAAUGCAAAAAUGUGGCGUCUAGUUGCUGACCUCAUGAAUGAUCUUGGGAUGUUGAUGGAUCUUGUCUCUCCUUUGUACCCUUCAGCUUUUGUUUUCGUUGUUUGUUUAGGAAGUCUAUCGAGAUCCUUCACCGGUGUUGCCAGUGGAGCAACUAGAGCUGCUUUGACACAACAUUUUGCCCUUCAAAAUAAUGCGGCUGAUAUAUCUGCUAAGGAAGGAAGUCAAGAGACAGUGGCCACUAUGAUUGGCAUGGCCAUCGGAAUGCUUCUUGCUCAUGUGACCAUAGGCCACUCUGUAUUAAUCUGGCUAUCAUUUCUUUCUCUUACCAUUUUCCAUAUGUAUGCAAACUACAAGGCUGUUCAGUGUCUUGCACUAACUUCACUAAAUGCAAAGAGGAGCGCAAUUCUUUUACAGCAUUUUAUGAAAACGGGACAAGUUCUCUCCCCCACACAGGUUUCUAAAAUGGAGCAUAUAUUGCCCACUUUCAUAAUUUCAUCAGGCCCUAAAAAUCUGCAGCUUUUGCACAAAUGCAUAAAAUUGGGCGCAAGAGUUUCUUCGCUUAACCAGCAAGAAAUAAUGGGCCUGAUGCGAUCAGCCAAAUCUCAUCAAAAGAAAGGGAGAUAUCUUCUGGUAGAAAGGAACGGAAACCUAAGUAUCAUUGCACAUAAAGAUGCCACGGCUUCUGAUAUCUUGCAGUCAUAUAUUCAUGCGCUCGUGGAAGGGCACUUAGCAAUAGAUCACAGCUCCGCUCACUCAGAUAGCCAAUCGUGGAUAGAUAAGAAUUACACCGAGUUUCUUCAAAAGGUACUAGGUCCACUCUUCUUCGGGAAAAAAGUUGAAGUCAUCAGGUUGGAACACAGAACGCCUUCUUUCGCCUUCAGUGGUGUGGAGGGCGCAUUGGAGCUUCCAGUCUCUAGAUGAAAAGGUUGACUAGCUGUUCAUUCACUACCAAGCUUGCUGGAGGGAAAAAUCAUCGAUUGGGAACAUCUGCUGCAAGAUUUGAGACCAUUGACUAACUUCUUGGAGAAAAAUGUUUGAGUAGAUUCAGAGCAUUUACGAGGGUUCUGUUGUAACCAAGUUUGAGAUAACCAUGCCAGAGAGAAUGGAAGUCCUGUCAGGAAACUCGAGUAUGAGAGCAUAUCACAAUAUCUAGUCGAAACUCAAUUGCACAUUCUUGAAAUAAUCAAAUUUGCUUCCAUGUUCAACUUAAAAUUAAGUUUA